CGGCACUAUAUCACUACUUUACUGAUAUCGGGCCAAACACAACAUUCUUCUUGCGACGCCACACUUGCGCUGACCUCGAGUGCAUCACUGUUUUCCGCCAUGUCCGGCUACGGCCCACCUCCAGGCGCAUAUGGCGGGCGUCAGCCAUAUGGUCCGCCUGGAGGCAACUUCCAACCGCCGGGAAUGGCUAUGCCUCCAGGGUUUGGCGCGCCAGGCAUGGAUGUCCCUCCAGGCAUGGCAGCUCAGUCUCCAACCGGCAUGCAAGGUCAAUUCCAGCCUCCGCCAAACAUGCCCAAUAUCAAUUUCAACGCGCCAGUGAUUCGCCUUGGUGUGGACGGUCAGCGGAAUGACUCCCAAGCCGACCGCAGAGGCGGCGAUAGAGGUGGACGUGGCAGAGAUGGCAACACAGAGCCAAUGGGCAACAGAGGGCGCAUGGGCUUGGGCGCGCAGGGUGCAGACAGAAAUCUUGAUCGCGAGAGGCAGCAGGUGCGGGAGAGCAUGAUGGCAAUGCAGCCGCCGACGAGAGAAGAAGUGGCAAGAACCAUCUUCAUUGGAGGUCUGGGAGCAGGCGCACCCCAUGAUGACAUUCUCGAGGCCAUUCUGCGCUGUCCUGGAAAGCUUCGCAGGUGGGUGAGAGCCAGAGAUGCCGACGACAAGAAAUGUAAGUUCGGCUUUGCCGAAUAUGAAGAUGUCGAGAGUCUCGAGGCCGCGGCAGAGUCUUUGCCCAACCUUGAAGUCCCUCUUUUCAACGCAGAUGGCACCGUGCAGAAAGAGGAUGGCGAGGGUGGUGAGGUCAAGAAGAUGAAGCUUUUGGUGGUGGUUGAUGAAGCAAGUCAAAAGUACAUUCAGGAGUGGAUGGGUAGACGGAAGGAGGACGAGAAUCAGCGUCAAUUCAGGAUGGACUCUGCAAAGGAUGAGCUGCGAUCUACCAUCACCAACAUUUUGAACACGAGCCAGCACGCUGCGAAUGGCACCAAUGGUGUCCACGACGGAGAUGGCGACAUCGCAAUGGGCGAUGCAAAUGGUGACGCCAAGGGCGACGGCGUGGAAGUCGUCACAAUACCUGCUAGUCUCGAGGAUGAGCUGGCUGACAUUCCAGUUGAGAUGCGGGCGACGGUCGCUGAAGAAAUCAAGGCAUUCCGUGAUCGGUCAAACCGACGCGACAUUGAGCGUUUACGUCGAGAAGAGGAAAUGGAGCGCGAGGAGAGACAACGAGCAGGCAUGGCCGACCGAGCGCGCAUCAACCGUCUUGCCUCUCCACCUCCGAAUGGCGCACCUGCCGGACCUGGUGCCUCCAAUGGCAUACCGGUGGGUCCGCGAGGACAACAAGGCGUGCAGGGUGCUCCAGCAGGUCCAAAAGGCUAUCGCGGCGCGCAGCUGCCGAACGACUACGUCAACGGCGUAGCUUUUGUUCCUGGCGCUGGUCGUGAUGGUCGCGGCAUUCAUGUCUCGGUGAGCAGAGAGGACGAUGACGCGGAGGAAUCGGACGGCGAACUCGAGCGGCAAAGGCAGGAAAAGAGGAACGCUGCCCUGGAGCAGGAGUACCAAGACCACGUCAAGCGUUGGCAGGCUCGUGAACGUCAGCGUGGCAUGGCCCAGGAACGUGAGCGCAAUCGAGAGGAAGCUGAGCGACGGAACAUCGAGAAAGCCAAGAACGAGAUACUUCAUCGGCUUGCCAACUGGAACGAUGAUGAGGAAGCAGCAAAGGGCAAGGAGCUCUACUACCGCGAUCGCUCUGCCUGGGCUCGUGCUCGUGAAGCCGAGAGGAACAGGGAGGCCAGAGACGAUGACGCAGACCGGAAGCAGGAAGAGCGCGAGAAGGCCAAUACUCGUCGACAAGAAGCGGAAGCCAAAGGUCUUGCGGAUGACUUCUUGGGUCAGAUGGGAGUCGACAUGCAUGGUCCCGCUACCAAUGAGAAAUCUGGUCCUGCCGGUUUCAAGAUUUCGCUUGGCAAUGCGGCAAAGACUAAGCAGUCCAUCUCUGCCCCAGCAGGUCGACGCGCUAUCGCAGACGUGGAAGGUUUGCUUGAAGACGAGGAAGAUGCGGCUGCCUCGGGUACAAAGCGACUUGAACUGAAAGAGCUGCAAGACACGUCAACAGUCCCUGUCAAUGGCGCAGACCUUACUGAUGAUGAGAGAGCUGCUGCACGCCAACAGCUUGCAAGUGAGAUCCCUCACGAGAGUGAGAAACUCUAUGCGCACACCAUCAAAUGGGACAGCCUCUCACAGUCGCUCAUUCACGCUCAGAUUCGGCCAUUUGUUGAGCGCAAAGUGGUUGAAUACCUUGGGCUACAGGAAGAGUCACUCGUCAAUGUAGUGAUGGACGGAAUUCGUGACAAGCGCUCACCUACCGCUAUCCGGGAUGAGAUUGAGGAAGCACUGGACGACGAAGCCGAGCUUCUGAUGAGAAAGGUGUGGCGUCUGCUCAUUUUCCUGGGCGAGUGCGAAUCGAGAGGUUUGGCCGCAUAGGAGCAUCUAGGCUUCGAAUAGCUGCGUGAUGUCGCAGAGGCUGUCAUCUCCACACCUGCGUCUAUAGUCUGCACUUUCUGGAACGAAGUGGACUGCGAGUCCCUCCGCUGCAU